AUGAUGGAUGAGCCGAGGAAAGGGAAGGUGAUCAGGUCUGCUUUCGACAGCACCACCUUCGACGCAGAUGUGUCGAUCCAUGUCGAGCGCAAGGUUGGAUCCGCGACAAUCUCGCCGUCCGGACGCGAUGUCGCACUUGCAUCUACCGACGGGCUUGAUAUAAUUGACCUUGAUCACCCAUUGAACCCACCUCGCCAUCUUCGACACGGUCUCCCGUGGCUCGUUGCAGAUGUGCAAUGGUCCCCUUUUGCCGCUCGAGAGAACUGGGUAGUCAGUACGGCAAAUCAGAAGGCCUUGGUAUGGAAUCUGAAUAUGCCAGAAGAAUCGUCGCAAGGGGCAAUUGAACAUACACUGUAUGGACACACAAGAGCAAUUACGGACAUCAAUUUUUCAGCCCACCACCCUGACAUACUUGCAACAUGUGCUGUAGAUGGCUACGUACACUGUUGGGACUUGCGCCGGCCGAAACAACCAGUUUUGACUUUCUGUGAUUGGUUCGCUGGAGCAACACAAGUCAAAUACAAUCGACAGGACUCACACAUCCUUGCUUCAUCUCAUGAUAGGUGGCUGCGAAUAUGGGAUGAUCGAAAGGGGGCUGCCCCUCUGAGGUCCAUCAAUGCGCACGAAUCAAAGAUCUAUGGAGUGGAUUGGAAUCGGACAAGAUCUACCGGGAUAGUAACAUGUUCUUUGGAUAGAAGCAUCAAAUUCUGGGACUAUGGUAACGAUAUUGACGAGCCAGAACGCAUUAUCCGUACAGAUUUCCCUGUUUGGCGAGCUCGACACACUCCAUUUGGAUGGGGCGUGUUAGCGAUGCCCCAAGAUACUCCGGGCAACCUCCAUCUCUAUGACUGCCGGCUGAGUGGAGGGGACAAGGAUUCCUACGCUCAUGCAGUGACCAAGUUUCCCGGACAUGGGGCCUUCAAAGUCAAGGAAUUCCUGUGGAGAAGUCGAGGGAACAUUGAUGAUGGAAUCGACAACAGAGAAUUCCAGCUGGUAUCAUGGGGCGAAGAUAAUCAGUUACGGCUGCAGCACGUAGACCCUGCAAGCCUUCAGGCUGUAGGGUAUAUCAAGGGUGCUCAAGUGAGGAAGAAGCUGAAUGUCACUCGUAAAGGUGCCGUCUAUAAGACUUUCCGAACAGUAGAGACCACUUCGACAGAAAAGCGAGCUGCAACAAUCACCGGUCCUCGGCCAGGAAGCUCUGGUCUCAAAAUCAGUGCCUUGAGUACGGGCAUGAAGAAAGUGAAUGUGCCCCAUCCUGCUCGAACACAUAUGAUCCUACGAGCAUCGGCUAUGAAGGGCAGAGAGAAGUCAUGCAAACAAGAUGAUCAAAACCAGAAGCAGAUUGGUUGGAUGAGUGGCAUCAAGUUUGCAGCCAAGGUCGACAGUACUUCUCUUAAGCGUCCAACAUCAAGACGGCUUUCUCUUCUUGAUCCAGAAUUCGAUGAGGAUGGUGAUUGGGGGCAGCCAGAGUCUCUGCAUGAUGAAAUCAUCCGCAUUCACGACCAACUUCCUAAAAUCACAUUCGAAGAUGUCAAUAUGGACAACAGAACAGUGGUUGCCUCGAUGAAUGGGCCUUGGGGCCACGACGGGAAUGCCAUUUACAUCAAGAUUACCAUCGUCUUUCCUGCGCAGUAUCCCGAAUCGAAGGCUCCCAGCUUCACCCUAGGCAAGACGUCCCUUAUGCCGAAUGAUACGUAUGCAAAAUUAAAACGAGAGGUUCAUCUGAUCGCCGCUAGUUUUGUUCCUCGGAAAGAAGGCUGCUUGGAUGCAGUUCUUUGCUACUUGCUGGGAGAGGUCGAUCUUGAGACGAGCACGACUUUCUUCAAAGAUUUUGGAGAUCUGGAUGAUGAUAUGGAUGCAUUAGCUGAUGAAAGCUCCAGCGAGGACGACGAAGGCGAUGACCCACCAAUGAUCGCAUCUCAGGAAAUUGGCCAGACCGUGACAGGAUUACGGCCCCCAACAAGGUAUUCCAAUGCAAACGUACCUCUCCCGCGACUAUGCGGAGCCCGAUUCUCUGCGAAUGGGAAACUUACGUGCUUCUUCCCUCCAAAAGAAGAGAAAGUAAAGUCACUUCUCGAGACUCUGGUGGUCAAGAACAAUGCAAGAUCCAAAGGAGAUCCUGUGUUCGAGACGUUUGGUCGUCUGAACAACAAUACCUCACCUAUCCCCCGAAUCAAAGCCAUGUCCCUUGCUUCGGAGAGCAAGACGGAUUCGGAAGUAUCUGACGACUCUGGUGAGUCUUCAUCAAGCGAUUCUGAUUCCUCUCACUUCCGCAUUGCUCGCUUCCCAAUGUCGGACUAUUUCCGCCGCACUGGUCGGAGACAAUUCAGAAAAGGCUCCCCAACCGUACUCUCACAGAGAUCCAGUGCCGGUGGAACAGGAACUGGCACCGGCACUGGUACAGGACUCGGACGAGUCAGAUCCUCGAAACCCAAAAACCUUCUCUCCCUACACGACAUCAGCUGUUUACUGCCGUCUAAGCCCGCGCUCGCUAAGACUUAUGCCAUAUUUGGCGAUGGACCAGAUGUCUGCGAACAUAACGCGAAGGCUGCCCAGAAACAAGGAUACAAGGAGCUAGCAGAUAUCUGGAGAUAUGCUGCUAUCUUAUUACAUAAUGAGGUGCCUCUUGAGGUCCUGAAACAGACUCAUAGAAAUGAACCGAUACUUGUUAUUGCGAAGGAGGCUGUCAGAAAAAAGACAGAGGCCGUCAUGAGUAAACGUCGAAGCAGCGGCUCCGAUAGUGGCGUGGACGUAUCUCAUGAUUGCAGCACUCGGGAAGACAGGCUAUCGGGCAGAGUCAAAUGGGGCACCAAUCCAAUUGCUCGAGAUUUGAUCGGUAAUCUGUUUGCAUAUUUUGAGCGCCUUGCAGACGUCCAGAUGCUAGCCAUGCUAUCAUGUGUUUUUAGCGAACCUCUCGCGAGGGACGCAGCUUCGCACGCAGAGACGCAACUGUCACAGCCUCGUACACCAUUAUCUAUGAAAACUCCAGCAUUCUCUCUCGACUACUUCCCAUCCGAUACGGCAGCAUGGAGCAUGUAUCAGAAGACCCCGAUCACCUCUCUCGUAUCGACGCCCAGGGUGGCUCACACUCCUUCUGGUCUUUAUGGAUCUGUCGGGUCCUCGAUCGGAGCUUGGGGAAGUGACCCUGCGUUGACACCAUACUCAUGUGGGGAGACGCCUCCUUUACGUUCCAACCGAGCAAGCUUGGAGUAUCUCAAUCAACAGCAGACUCAAAGCUUGUCGACAUCACCCGAGAACCCUCGGAGCUUUCGUAGAUCCAACUCGGGGAUUGCUCAUAGUUUUGCUGCAAGCUUUUCUCGCCCAUUCUCCACGACUGCUCCGUCAUCGCCUCCGUAUCCCCCAAGCCGGAAACGUCCAAGCCCGGUUGAAAAUAUGUUGAGUUCUCUGGCACCUAGUGCCAUUACAUGGGGCAACACCACUGUUCUUGGGAGCGUGAAAGAACAGAGCAUUACUGAUAGAUCAACUUACUCCGAUGAAGAGAGCAACAAGAUUGAUUGCAAAUCCCCCAUCUGUACUGGGAUCAGUCUCACCAUGGGGAAUCAGAACGUUUUUGAUGACGAGGGUUGUAUGAGCACCCCUUUGUUGGACACUCGUCAAACAGUCUUAUAUGCAGAUUACCGAAAGGUUUAUGCCGAGCUCCUUUACAUAUGGGGUCAUCCACUAGCACGUCUUGAGAUUCUGAAAUUCAAUGGCCUAAAGGAUUACUUUACCGAAACAGAAAUGCCACAUAACAAACCCCUCGCUCCAUCCAUACACUCCAUCGACGCUCAAGCCUUAAACCAGGAUUCUCCGCCGCCAUCACCAAUUAUCCUUGGCAAGAUAGACCAGUAUCAACAGAUGUCGCCUUUACUAAAUGCAGGAUUCGGACUUGACGUGACAGGCUACUGCCUCAAGCAUGAGACCCGCCUCGAGCCCCUGGCAGGUACCAAGUUUGGAGGUGCUGUUGGACACUGUGAGAGGUGCAAGAUUACCCAGCGCCAACUCCGCUGCACGAUCUGCUUGGAGCCCAUCAGUGCCGUCUUCGCGCCUUGCCUGUCUUGCGGCUGUGCGACUCACGUGGACUGUCUAUCCGACUAUCACGCAUCAGGAGACACAAUGUGCCCAGGCGGCUGCGACUGCGACUGCGAAAUCAGUGCAGCUGACGGACAGUUUGAAAGCUGGGAAGCCUUGAAAGAUGCCCUUGAACGGCUGAGAGAGAUGGAAGCCAAGAGUAAAGCGGCAGGGUUGGUAGAGAAGCACAUUCCGGAUCAUUGGGAUGGAAAGGAUCAGCCUGAUGGGGAGGCGUAUACACCGGAUGGUGGCUUAGGGAAGCCAUACUCAACGCUUAGUAGGUUAGGCCAGGCUAGAGGUGGCGAAUGGGGGAUUUCAGGUUUGAAGCAUAAGCCGAGUAGCUUGCGGAAUGAGCAUUUUUGA